AAAAUUGUCAAAUGUCUGCGUCGAAUCCGAGUGGAUCUCGUCGCCGGCGUCAACCUUUGCCGUCCCACCCCGCCAUUGCCGCCAAGCAGUCGUCAAACUGACGCGGUAACCGUGUGGACUCCACUCGGGGGAGUGGCGGCCCGAAGCCCAAACCGCACGGGCUCGCGGCCGAGCCGACCGACCCGGACCCAGACCCACUCGCUCCUCCGCCCCCGCCGCCGCCGCAAUGGAGGAGGAGCCGCCGGCCUCGGACCUGGCGGCGCGCGGCGACCUGCGCUCGGCGCUUCCCUUCCUCCCCGUCGUCCUCCGCGGCGGCGCGCUCUUCUGGCCGCCCGCGGCGCAGGAGUCGCUCCGGGCGCUGGCGCUCGGCCCCGACGUCAGCCGCGUCGCCUCGGGGGACGUCCUCGCCGACGCGCUCACCGACCUCCGCCUCGCGCUCGCCCUGCCCGCGCUGCCCCAGCGCGCUGCCGACGGCCUGGCGCUCUUCUUUGACGACCUCCUCUCCCGGGCCCAGGCGCGGGGCUGGUUCGCCGAGGUCGUCCCCAACCUCGCACGCCUCCUCCUCCGCCUCCCCACUCUGCUCGAGGACCACUACGCCAAGGCCGGCCACGGCGCCUCCGGGCUCCGGGUCCUGGCGUCGCAGGACGCGGGCCUUGUGCUCCUCAGCCAGGAGCUUGUCGCCGCGCUGCUCACCUGCGCGCUCUUCUGCCUCUUCCCCACGGCCGGUAGGGCCCAGGCGUGCCUUCCCACCAUCAAUUUCGAUGGCCUGUUCACGGCGCUGAUUCACCGAUCGCAGAGCCAGGAGCAGAAAGUGAGGUGCCUUGUUCACUAUUUCGAGAGGGUGACUGAUUCUACGCCUGCUGGUUUCGUUUCGUUUGAGCGCAAAGUUCUUCCCCGCCAACCUGUCUCUGAUGGCAUUACCUAUCCUGACAUCCAUGCGUGGUUGGCAUCUAGUGCACCCCUCUGCCAAUUCCGGGUAUUUUCCUCAGGUUUUAUAGAAGAUGAGGAACAAGAAGCCCUUCAAGUUGACUUUGCAAAUAAAUAUUUGGGAGGAGGUGCCCUUUCCAGGGGUUGUGUGCAGGAAGAGAUACGCUUCAUGAUAAACCCCGAAUUGAUUUUGGGUAUGCUAUUCAUGGCUUCUAUGGAAGAUAAUGAGGCUAUAGAAAUUUUUGGUGCAGAACGGUUCUCACAGUAUAUGGGUUAUGGUUCCUCCUUUCGCUUUGUCGGUGACUAUUUAGAUACCAAACCCUUUGAUUCGGUGGGUAGACGGAGGACUAGGAUAGUGGCAAUUGAUGCUUUGGACUGUCCAGCUAGGUUACACUAUGAAUCUGAUUGUCUCCUAAGGGAAGUGAACAAGGCUUUUUGUGGAUUUUUCGAUCAAUCAAAAUGCCAGCUUUAUGUGAAGCUUUUCCAGGAUUCACACAACAAGGAUAACUUUCCAAGUAUCAAUUCCAAUGAGUACAUAGGAGUUUCAACAGGAAAUUGGGGUUGCGGUGCUUUUGGUGGAAACCCUGAAAUCAAGAGCAUGAUUCAGUGGAUUGCUGCAUCACAGGCUCUCCGGCCUUUUGUUAAUUACUACACUUUUGAGGAUGCAUCUCUGGAAAGAUUAGAGGAGGUGAUCCAGUGGAUACUACGCCAUGGCUGGACGGUCAGUGAGUUGUGGCAUAUGCUCAUCGAAUACUCGUCUCAGAGGCUGAGAGGAGAAACGUACAAGGGUUUUUUUGCUUGGCUACUUCCCAGCAACAGGCCCAACAAUGAAGUGCAUUACAUGUCUGAAUAGCCCCAGCUUUGUGAGGUCAGAAUCUGUGAGGCGCGUAGCUCUCUAGGAGCGCUGUCUGUUGAGUGUGUAGUUGUCUGGGCGCGAACAGAGCUACGGAGGGGGAGAAUAUUAGUCUAUGCAUCCUGGUCGGUUAGCAUACUAGUCUAUGCAUCCUGGUCGGUUAGCACUCUGGACGCUGUGUGUAACAAGUAGUGACUGAGCUGAGUACAUGGGUGAUCGCUGAACAGUUUCAACACUGCACAGAGCUGUACUCCAUAGCUGAGUCACAAUGACUGGUUAGGCCAAUCUCAAUGCAAUUGGUUCAUGGCUGAAACAAACUUGUAUAAUUCAUAGUUUCAUUUUUGUGUGUGUUAUAUUUGAAUUUUAUUAUAUGACACAUUCAGAUUUUGUUUUGAAAAAUUAUGACACAUUCAGACUUGGAAACAGUGUUCAUGGGGUUUCAUCUCACCUAGACGAAACUCACAUUUCAUCU